AUGGGAUUAAGCGGUGAUAGCCUGGAGGUGGGGUCUUGGGAGGUGGGGAAAUCAAAGGGGAGGAAGAAGAAGAAUGGUGAUGCUGAGGAGGAGACUGAGACUGGGUGUUGGAUUAAGUUGAGAUAUAUUGGUAGCUGUAUUUCUUCAAGAUCAAAAGUUGAUAGCUCACUUAGUGGCAUCAGCACUCAUGAAAGUAAAUCUACAAACGAUACUAGCAGAGGUCAACCAGUUGCCCCGGUCAUUUCUUCCACUACCACGAGCAACGCUGAAAGCCAUGCUUCUAGCUCCAAACUUGAAGAGGAACUUAAAGUUUUUUCUCAGCUUCGAAAAUUCACAUUCAAUGACCUGAAGGUAGCCACAAGAAACUUUAGGCCCGAAUCUCUUCUUGGUGAAGGGGGAUUUGGUUGUGUAUUUAAAGGGUGGAUUGAAGAAAAUGGAACAGCACCAGUGAAGCCCGGGACGGGACUUACCGUUGCUGUGAAAACCCUAAAUCAUGAAGGGCUUCAGGGUCACAAAGAAUGGCUGGCUGAAGUAAAUUAUCUGGGUGACCUCCUUCAUCCUAAUCUGGUUAAAUUAAUUGGAUACUGUAUUGAGGAUGAUCAAAGGCUGCUAGUUUACGAGUUCAUGCCUAGAGGAAGCUUGGAGAACCAUUUAUUUAGAAGGUCUCUGCCUCUUCCGUGGUCUAUCAGGAUGAAAAUUGCUUUAGGUGCUGCCAAGGGUCUUACUUUUCUUCACGAGGAAGCGGAAAGGCCAGUUAUAUAUCGUGAUUUUAAGACCUCUAACAUCCUAUUAGAUGCAGAGUAUAAUGCCAAACUUUCUGAUUUCGGACUUGCUAAAGAUGCUCCGGAUGGAGGAAAAACUCAUGUUUCCACACGUGUGAUGGGAACGUACGGUUAUGCAGCUCCGGAAUAUGUCAUGACAGGGCAUCUUUCAUCAAGGAGUGAUGUCUAUAGCUUUGGUGUCGUUCUUCUUGAAAUGCUUACGGGUAGAAGAUCAAUGGACAAAAACCGGCCUAAUGGAGAGCAUAACCUCGUGGCGUGGGCCAGGCCUCAUCUGACUGACCGGAGACGAUUUUAUCAUUUGAUAGAUCCUCGACUUGAAGGUCAUUUUUCCAUAAAAGGCUCUCAAAAAGCUGCAGAAUUGGCUGCUCGUUGCCUUAGCCGGGAUCCCAAUGCCAGGCCUCAGAUGAGUGAGGUCGUCAAUGCCUUGAAGCCUUUGCUGAACCUCAAGGACAUGGCCAGCUCGUCGUACUCCUUUCAGGCAAUGCAAGCCGAACGUGUUGGCCCCAGCCCAAAUGCUAAAAAUGGGAUUCGGACUCGAGGAUCGUUCAAGAGAAAUGAACAGCAGCAACCACGAAGCCUCUCAAUACCAAAUAGUACGCAUGUUUCUCCACACCAGCAGUCUGCUAAUAAUUCACCAAAGCCAGAUGGUAAUCAGUAG